AUGGGGCGCAUUCAGGGUGUUCGUGGGCAGCUCCAGGGGGCAGGGCAGAGUGAGCGCCUGCCCAGUGACCCCCACUCAGCCUACACGGCCAGCCCCCGAGUCCAGACCAACACAGAGCCCCCGGUCGCCCCAGUCCAGACCCCCACGGAGCCCCGGGCCCCCCACGCCCCGGGCGUCUCGGCCUUAAGGGACAGCGGCAGGGCAGACCCCACGGGUAACCCCGCGGACGCGGACUCCAGCUCCCCGCCGCGGGCGGACCCCGCAUUACAGGAGCGUGUACGGUCCUGGAUGCCACUCACUGGGCUGUUUGUGUACCGCGACUUAGUGGGACCGUCCCGCGAGGUGUCUGGAUCCUUCCACAGAGGACUGAAUUUUCCUGCUGGACCAGGGCGGGGUGUGGGUCCGUACCCGCCCGUGAACGGGCUACAGCGGGCCCUGUGCACGCAGCAGGGUCCUCAGGAAGGCGCAGAAGACGCCCCGCUGACCCCGCGGGAGCCCCGGCUGAGGCUCAUCCUGGUGGGGAGAUCGGGCGCCGGGAAGAGCGCCACGGGCAAUAGCAUCCUGCGCCAGCGCUGUUUCGAGCCCCGGCUGGGGGGCUGCGCGGUCACCACGGCCUGCCGCGUGGGCAAGGGCCGGUGGGGCCGCUGGCACCUGGACGUCGUGGACACCCCAGACCUGUUCGGCGCCGACGUGCCCCCGAGCGACCCACGCUGGUUGGAGCGGGGCCGCUGCUUCCUGCUGUCGGUCCCGGGGCCGCACGCGCUCGUCCUGGUGUGCCGGCUCGGCCGCUUCACGCCCCAGGAACAGCAGGCCUGGCGGCGGGUCAAGGCCAUGUUCGGGCCCGGCGCGGCGGCGCGCACCGUCGUGGUCUUCACGCACAAGGAGGUCCUGGAGGGGGGCUCGCUGCUGCAGUACGUGCGCCGCAACGGCCCGCGCGCGCUGCAGGAGCUGCUGGCCGAGUGCGGGGAGCGCGCGUGCGCCCUGGACUACGGCGCGGCGGGCGCUGAGCAGGAGGCGCAGCGCCAGGGGCUGCUGGCGCUGCUGGAGGGCCUGGUGGAGCCCCACGAGGACGAACCCCACACCAACUCCGUGUACCUCGUGGCGGCGAACGCGGGCCUCGCGACCCCAGAGAAGCAUCUCCACAGGGUGGCCCUGCGCGUGGCAGAGCACAUGAAGAGCCCCUGGGAGCGCUGCCUGGCUGCCGGGCCCUGGCCCUGGAGGACGCUGUUCUGGGCCGGCUGGUUGGGCCUGCUCAUCCUGCUCAACGUCCUGAUCUACUGGGUGUUCGAGUCCCGCCGGGGGCCCAGCAUGAGACCCGGAGCUGCAGAGGGAGACCGCAGCUGGGGCGGGAGGAGCCUCCUGGUGGUCGGCACGGCCCCCGUCCAUGAGACAAAGGCCCUGACCAGGGAGCCAGUCCAGGACACGGGGGACUGCUACCUGCUCUCGCCCCAGCCUGCUGCCGGUCACCCAGCUCGGCCGCUUCACCGAGGAGCUGUGGGAGCGCGAGGUCUUGGGCGGAGCCGUGAGCACGUGGUGGCCCUGUUCCCCCGCAAGGAGGACCCGGGGAAGCCGUCUGAUGUCCGCACUUCAAAAUUCGUGGCUUGGUGCCACGAAAUAACCUUCGUGUCCGAGGAGCCGCAGGCCGGGGCCGACCCAUGUACCAAGCACCCCGAGGCGGGGAGGAACCGAGACUGGGGACCCCCUGGCCCGCGGGCGUGGACAGGCCCCCAGGAGGUCAGUAGCCUCCUCUCACCGCCUCCUCUCGUCUCGGGCGUGCAGCCAGUAGAGCAGAACAGAACAAGCAGCCUCGAGCUUCCUCCCAGCGAAAGCUCGAAAGCUCGGGGCGCGCAGCACCCGCCGCCAGCUCGCGGCAAAGGCGGGCGGACAGCGCCCCCUGCGGCCGCCGGCUGCCCGCACCUGCCCCUCCGCGGCGCGGCGCCGCUCUGGCAGCCCCGGCGGCGUCCGGAGUGCCCGAAGCCGGCUCGCGACCCCGCGCAGCGACUUCAGCCGUCACCGAGCUGGGAGAGCAAGUCGCCUCCCUGA